CCCUCCUCCCUCCUGUUUGUAGCCCGACCAGCAGCAGCCGCGAUGGUAGCCGGUUGUUGGUACACAAGUAUGUGAGAAGAAUAAAAUUUACGCCGGGGCCGACAGAGUGGAUACAUAAGCAAAAAUGUCUCGACACAGAAAUGUUCGAGGUUACAACUACGAUGAAGACUUUGAAGAUGAUGACAUGUAUGGACAGUCUGUGGACGACGACUACUGUAUAUCACCAGCAACAGCAAAUCAGUUCAUCUACUCGCGUCAAGAGAGGCAAACACCAAGGGAGGUACCUUUAGAGGAGGAAGAAUUUGAAGAUGAGGAUGUUCCUAUGUCCCCUAUUACUAAUCACAAUCUUGACCCACUUGAUCAAGCCAAGCUGUAUUCCUGCCUUGAUCAUAUGCGGACUGUGCUGGGAGAUGCUGUGCCAGACUCUGUCCUGACCCAGGCAGCCAUAACACAUGGGUUUGACCCACAGAAGGCACUGGAUGCAGUACUUUCUGGAGACACUAAAACAGCCCCAGCUGCCAAAAUUGCAGUUGAAGUGAUUGCUUCAGUACCUAAAGUUAGUCAGGAGAAGGCCCCGCUCCCGCAGAGAACCAAGCAGGAGGUCGUGAGUGAAAAAGCUAAAAGCAGAGAUGUACCUCACAGUAAACUGGACGGUGAAGUGGUACCCAAAGUGGCCCGCAUGACCAUCUCUGGGAAGAAACAGACAAUGGGCUUUGAUGUUCCCAGCACUGGGGAGAAUGGCGUCAUUGCCACGUCUGCACGCCGAGUCAGCAGCCCGGAAAAUGUUCCCGUUGCUCCGACACCCGAGUCCACCUCCAAACGUCCCGAGACUCCAUCAAAAGGAUCUAAUGGGGAUGAGUCGUCCUCUGGUCCCACACCGGUCCGCUCCUCUGGGAAGGCGCGGCAGGCAAUCAACAUCCAGGCAGAGCUAGAGAAGAGACAGGGGGGCAAACCUCUAUUAAACCUGGUAGUAAUAGGUCAUGUAGAUGCGGGUAAAAGCACUCUGAUGGGACAUCUUCUUUACCUGCUGGGCAACGUCAACAAACGCACCAUGCACAAGUAUGAGCAGGAGUCUAAAAAAGCGGGAAAAGCCUCGUUUGCUUAUGCCUGGGUCUUGGAUGAAACUGGCGAAGAGAGGGACAGAGGUGUGACAAUGGAUGUAGGCAUGACUAAGUUUGAGACAAACUCAAAGGUGGUGACUCUGAUGGAUGCGCCAGGACACAAAGACUUCAUUCCCAACAUGAUCACAGGGGCUGCACAGGCAGAUGUGGCGGUGCUUGUGGUGGACGCCAGCAGAGGAGAGUUUGAGGCAGGCUUUGAAGCAGGGGGUCAGACCAGAGAGCAUGCUUUGCUGGUGCGGUCACUGGGUGUGACUCAGCUGGCUGUAGCUGUCAACAAGAUGGACCAGGUGAGCUGGCAGCAAGAGCGCUUCCAAGAAAUCACCUCAAAACUUGGUAAUUUUCUGAAGCAGGCAGGAUUCAAGGAGUCCGAUGUGUUCUACAUCCCCACAAGUGGCCUCUCAGGAGAAAACCUUGUCACCAGGAGUUCAGUUUCAGAGCUCACUGCCUGGUACUCUGGGUUGAGCUUGCUAGAGCAGAUUGAUGCCUUCAAACCCCCCCAGAGGUCUACAGACAAACCUUUCAGACUGUCUGUUUCAGAUGUGUUCAAAGACCUGGGUUCAGGCUUCUGUGUAACUGGGAAGAUUGAGGCUGGGUAUAUUCAGACAGGAGACAGAAUACUGGCAAUGCCUCCCAAUGAAACCUGCACUGUUAAAGGAAUCAGCCUCCACGACGAGGCUCUGGACUGGGCCGCGGCGGGCGAUCACGUCAGCCUCACUGUCACCGGCAUGGACAUCAUCAAGAUCAAUGUGGGCUGUGUGUUCUGUGAUCCCAAAGAGCCGAUUAGAGUCUGCACUCGAUUCAGAGCCAGAAUCCUCCUCUUCAACAUUGAGGUCCCUAUCACACAAGGCUUUCCAGUGCUGUUGCAUUACCAGACAGUCAGCGAGCCGGCCACCAUUAGGAAACUAAUUAGUGUUCUACAUAAGAGCAGUGGUGAAGUCCUCAAGAAGAAACCAAAGUGUUUGAGUAAGGGCAUGAAUGCUAUAGUGGAGAUCCAGACCCAGAGGCCGGUGUCAUUAGAGCUGUACAAGGACUACAAAGAACUGGGCCGCUUCAUGCUGCGAUAUGUGGGCUCCACCAUCGCUGCAGGGGUUGUCACAGAGAUCAAAGAGUGACAACAGACGCACACAUCUGCCAGUCAGAGUCAAACCUUGCUGUUGCCUGCAUGUAGCCAGAAACUGAAAGAAAAGUACCACCUGUGGAGUUAAAGAGGCAUUUUUAUCCAUCCAUUUUCUCAUUCUCGCGCAGUGUCUGUAUCAACCGACUGCUUUGAUCAACACUAACUGCACAGAUGCCAACCAUGUGGCCAGAUACCUCCAAACAAGCUGACAGGGCUCCUAACUUCUGUGACCUCCUGACUCCUGUUUCUUUAUUCUUCUGUCAGUAAUGCUGGCACAUCUCCUACUUGAUCAAGUUAAAUCAUAACUGGUCAGACUUUGAAAAGCAAUCCUACCUGAGGGUUUGACAGAUUAAUUGUGUUCUCCUAGAGAGCCACAGCUGAUCAUUAAUAUUGACUAACAGAUGGCACCUGAUCUCUGCUUUAUUUUAGUAAAUGAACAAAACUAUGAUUCCUCUCUUUCUUGCUGCAUUUAAAAUCCAGACUUGAGGAUUGAUUGUCCAGUUUACAACACAACUCUCUCAGCAUGUUCUACUGAUCAAAACUGAAUAAAAAGUUUAAAAAAGGAAAACUGUUAUGCCAUUCAGAACUAAAGUGGAAAGGAGUUAACUUUGCUUUCUUUUUAAGUUCAGCAUCUAAUUAAACUGUGGAUGAUCAUUUGAAUGCUAACCAAGACAGAGCAGUUUGUAAACAUAAAAAGGAAUAUCCCAAGCAAAUGUGUAAAAUGAGACGGAAAAAAUUUGAAAUGCUUCAAAAAUUUUUUUAUUUUAUUUGAAAUUGAAUAGUUUGGAGGUGAAAACAUUUCUGUUGAUGAUAUCAGUACUUUUUGACUUUUGAUUGCCCCAUUUCAUCAAAGUGAAUCAGGAUUAAUAGUGACGCUGUUAAUCUGGCUCUAUUUGAGUGGAAAGCACAGAAAGUGACACAUCUUAAUAAUACAGAUAUCAGGGGAACAUCCAAACCUGGGGAAGUCAAAUAAAAGUGCUUGCUGAAGCUGAGGAUUGCUUGUUUUUCCUGUUAUUUCCAUGCUAACAAGGAUUUUUCAGUCGCAGCGCCAUAAGUACUGGAAAACGGAUCCAGAGCCACCAAGAGAAUUCCCCACUGUAUAAACUUCCUUUAGACACAGAAACCUAAAACUGUUCAGAGAACAUGAAGGAUUUGCAACCAUUUAAAAAUGUCAAAUGAUUUGCUUUUACUAUUGUGACCGAGUGACAGCUUAUGAGUCAAUUAUCCAAUUACAUUUGAGUCCCUGAUAAGAAGGUUUAUCAUAUUAGGGGUCAAUGAUUAAUGAACCUGACACUCCACAAGUCCCUAAAUGAAAGUAACUUUAAGGAUUAUUUAGCCUAGACACAAUUCUGAUUGGUUUUUGGAAGGAAUUUGUUAAAUUUGGAAUGAGUGUAAUUUUCCUGAACUUACCAGACAGGAAUAAAGAGCUAUGAAAUGACAUGGAUAUUGAUAGUAGUGACGAUUAGUUCAUACCACAAACCUAAUACCCUUUUAAUAAUGCAGAGCUUCUCUGUCUAAUGGUAGUCUGUCUGAAUCUGUCUCAAUGAGUUCUUAAAAGGUUUUCUGAGAAUCUCAACAAUACAGUCCUUAUCUUGGUCAUGGUCCACUUGACCAAGCACUCUAUCCUUCAUUCUGGAGUCUGGAGUUUCCCGGACCACUCCGCUUUUUGUGGACGUGAACAAAGCUUACAAUUGUGUCAUUUUCCUGUGGGACUUGCUAUAGGAGUAGGGAACCAUUCAUAAAUGGCCCAUUCAUCUCAUUCACUGUACAUGCAGAGAAAGGACUUGAUUUUCAUUUCUAGUAGUCAGUCAGAUUGGUUUCUUUUGGUUGCCUCUAAUUUGGUUAACCAUUGUGGAUUUCUUGGUAAGGCCAACAGACAGAAGGAUUCUGAUGCAGACGGCUGUAUCAGAGUUGAUGAAAUAGAGAUCCUGAUAUUCACUGGGGACGUCUUGCUGCUAUUAUAAGUCGAGCAGCCUGCAUAAUUACAACCGUGGCCCCUGCUUUGAGGCAAUGAAGCACUCUUUUUUUUAUUGAAAAAGUAAUCCUGAAAACUACAUUUAUCAUCUUUAAGCCUAUUCCUCAUGCGGCACAUUUUGAUGCUUAUUACCAACCACUGUGAUGUGGAAGGACUGGUUCCCACUGACACUGUAGACUGUAGACUGUGUUUUAUUGUCACAGAGGAGGCCCCACAGUGGGAGGAUCGGUACAGAGCAAAGCUCUCUUUGCCUGUUAGAUACAUGUAGCUGGAGACGCUGCCUGUUGUCUACUCUCGCUGCUUUUUUCUUGAAUAGUUUGGAAGAACUUAUUGACCAGAAUCAUGCCAAAAAGCUCGGAAACAUGCUCCUACCUGUUUUUGGAGAAUUACAUUGGAGGAAAGUUUGUUUCCUGCCAAAGUCACAUAGAUUCCUACAACCCCUCCACCGGAGAAGUCUACUGCAAAGUACCGGACAGUGGCAAGGAGGAGGUGGAUGCAGCAGUGGCUGCAGCUAAGGAGGCCUUCCCUGACUGGUCAGCCCGCAGUCCACAGCAGCGGGCAGAGAUCCUUAACAAGUUGGCUGACUUGAUUGAAGCUAACCUGGAGGAGUUUGCCCAAGCUGAGUCCAGAGACCAAGGUAAAACCGUGGCAUUUGCACGAACUGUGGACAUUCCCCGUUCUGCGUACAACUUCCGCUUCUUUGCAUCAUCGGUGCUGCACCACACCACCGACUGCAGCCAGAUGGAUCACAUGGGCUGCCUGAAUUACACCCUUCGCUGUCCGGUGGGAGUGGCUGGGUUGAUCAGCCCUUGGAACCUUCCUCUGUACCUACUGACGUGGAAGAUUGCCCCUGCAAUCGCUGCAGGAAACACAGUGGUGGCCAAACCCAGCGAGAUGACCUCUGUGACUGCAUGGAUGAUGUGCAAGUUAAUGCAGCAGGCAGGUGUUCCUCCAGGUGUUGUCAACAUAGUUUUUGGCACCGGUCCAAGAGCGGGUGAUGCCCUUGUUGGCCACCCUGACGUCCCUUUGGUCUCCUUCACUGGCUCCACAGCCACUGCCGUGCACAUCACAGAGCGGAGCGCCCCCUACUGUAAGAAGCUCUCACUGGAGCUGGGGGGGAAAAACCCGGCUAUUAUUUUUGCUGAUGCAGACCUGGACCAGUGCGUUGAGACCACUGUUCGUUCCAGCUUUUCUAAUCAGGGAGAAAUCUGCUUGUGUACCAGUAGAAUUUAUGUAGAGCGGAGCAUUUACUCUGAGUUCCUGAAAAGGUUUGUGGCUGCAGCUAAGAAGUGGAAGACUGGCUCGCCCUCUGACCCCACCAAUAAUAAUGGAGCGCUCAUCAGUAAAGAGCACCUGGAGAAGGUUCGCAGCUUUGUGGCUCUUGCCAAAUCAGAGGGUGGCGUAGUCCACUGUGGUGAGGGAGUCGACCCCCUGAACCUCCCCGAGGGCAACAGUUCUGGCUACUUCAUGCCAGCAACGGUCAUCUCGGGCAUAUCCGACAGCUCACGUGUCAUGCAGGAGGAGAUCUUUGGCCCCGUUACCUGUGUGAGCCCCUUUGAUACAGAACAGGAAGCAGUCUCAAAGGGAAAUGGUGUGCGUUACGGUCUGGCCGCCACCGUUUGGUCCCGUGAUGUGGGGAGGGUUCACAGAAUGGCCAAGCUCCUGGACGCUGGACUGGUGUGGACCAACUGCUGGCUGGUGAGAGAUCUGAAUCUGCCUUUUGGAGGAAUGAAAAACUCUGGGGUGGGGAGAGAGGGAGGAAAGGAUUCCUAUUAUUUCUUCACAGAGGUGAAGAGUAUCACCAUCAAACACUAACGGUAGAUUUGGCAUUACUAAAAACAUUUUAAAUGCCACACAAGUCAAGUGUUCAACAGACGUGGAUUUUAAAUUACAUUAUUUACAAGGUCUGCACAGUCACAACAAGACUAACAUUCAAAAUUUCAUACCGAAGUAGUUUUACUGCUGAAAGAAUCCAUUAAGCUGUUGGAAAAUAUGUGAUAAGGCACCACAUUUGAGACACACAAGGCCAGAUGAAGUCCAAAUGCCAUUAGAAAUGUAAGCGGUCAAAAGAGGCCUUACAUGUAAGCAGAGGGGAACGGGUUUGGGAAAAUAAAUAAAUGUCACUACAAUAAGGCA